AUGUCGGAGGCGCUCAGGGACUUUUUCGGCGGAACCCUGGGUGGCAUGACCGGUAUUUUAGCCGGGCACCCGCUGGACACCGCCAAGACGCGGCUACAAGCGAUGUCCCAUUUUGACCGUGGUACCACCUACCAGGUGUUGAGCCACACAGCUCGCGACGAAGGAUACAGAGCACUCUACAAAGGCCUUUCCUUCCCGCUUUGCAGCACUGCCCUGCUGAAUGCCGUGGUCUUCGGUGUCGAGGGCAUCAGCGAGCGUGCCUUAAAAAGCCUUUGGUCCGAAGAGAGGCCAAUGCUUACAGGCUUUGUAGCCGGCUGCAUCGCGGGCUUGGCGCAGAGCCCCCUGGUUUGCACUGUGGAUCUGGUGAAGACGCAGCGGCAGGUGCAGCUGGGGUGGCACGGUGAUUCACCCGUGGGCAUUUUCAGGAGUCGCAUCUCAGACGUCGGGCUACGGCGCGGGGCGUUUCAGGGCUUAGGCCCCACAGCACUAAAGGAAUGCCCCUCCUAUGGCGUCUAUUUCUUGGUCUACGAGCAAUCGAAGCGCCUCAGCGAAGGGCACCUUCCCACCGUCCCGGCGACGCUGCUCUCGGGCGGCCUGGCCGGCUGCGUGGUGUUGGGAAUGAUCCACCCGGUGGAGGUGGUGAAGUCGCGUAUCCAGGCACUGCCGACCUCUUGCAGCCACCAGGAGCGCACGCCGCUGUACGUCAUCCGCCAGGGUCUGCACCGCGAGGGCCUGGCCUUCUUCCUUCGAGGCUUUGGGGCCGCCAUGGCGCGCGCCUUCGUGGUGAACGCCGCCACCUUCGGUGGCUACGAAGCGGCCGUGGCGGCCUGGGACGGCGCAGCUGCUUUCAAGGAGUGUUACAGCUAUGUGGCCCUUUCUGAGUUGAGGAAGGACUUCAGCCAACUCUGGCGCAAGUCGUGGGGCCGCAAGGCACCUGCGGAGGCUUUCAAUGCUUGGCUCUUUGAAGCCUUGAGCGAAGCUGCGCCCAGCUCGGCCCUGCCAGCUGAGCUGCCUGAGGACUCCGAGGCCUUGUUGACCUGGGUGACUUUGCAGAUUCCCUUUCAGUGGCCUUACACAGAGGACAUGGAAGUUGCCAAAGAGAAUUUCCAGAAAUUCCUGGAGGCGGCCAAAGAGCCGAGUCUGCCGCAGUGGCCCGGCCUGGAUGCGCUGCAAGUGGAGCAGCGCGCGGCGGAGCUGAAGGAAGAUGCUGUGGGAACUGUGGGAACUGACGACUCGGACAGUGCCUCAGCGUUGCGGCUUCGCGCCUUUCGCUGCUUUCGGCCCUUGCUGCGGGAGGCACUGCGGCCGCACAUGCGCCAGUUCCUCAACGAGCUGGAUUCGUCUCUACAGAACCUCCGUGAAAAACUGGAGAGCACCGCGCAGAAGCUCAGCGAAUCUGAGUACCUUCCCAAGGUAGCCGUGGAAGAAAUGGAGAAAACCGUUCGUUUGGACCUGGUGGGCGCGUUGCCAGAUGUGGAGGGAAAGUUCCCACGAAGACAUGAGAUCCACUUGGGACACUGGCAGAAGCUGCGUCGCCUGUACCAGGAGGAGAUCCGGCGGCAAUGGCGACCCGGCGAAAGGGACAUGGUCUACAUGACACAGGACCCCGCGCGAUGUGCGGAGAUGUGCUGGACACUUCUGACGCGCUACCGGGCCCUCUUUGGACCCCACGAUGAGGGUGCGGGCUGGCACAUGGCGCUGACCCAGCAGGUCUUCGAGGCUUUGCAGCAGGAGUUGGGUGUUAGCCACGAGCUCUUUGCUUCUCCCUUGAACUGCACGCUGUCCAGCUACUGUUCUUUGUUCCAGGACACGGAUUUGGCCUUCGGCUCCUCAGGGAGUUUCUUUCAGUGGUCGUUAGUCGAAGGGAGCUACGAGUGCAACCCUCCCUUCGAGGAGGGCCUCAUGAUGAAGACAGUGCAGCGGUUGAUUCAAUCCCUGGAGAAGGCCACAAAAAACGCAAAGGCGCUCUCGGUGGCCUUGAUUCUACCUAUUUGGCUUGGCAGUCCUGCAAUGAACGCUGCUUUGUCUUCGAGCUUUUGCCAAGGAUCCCUUGAAAUCAAGGGAUCCAAUCACUGCUAUUUGAAUGGUCGACAGCACUACUGCAAGCCCAACCAUUUGCUCCUUUGCCAAGCUGAAGCGCGAGGCUCGCUGCUCAUUGUCCUCCAGAACCUGUCUGGCGCUCAACGCUGGCCAGUGACUUCGGAGACCCUGACGCGCUUGGAGAAUGCUUGGUGCUCGAGUUCCAAGCGCAGGAGGGUCGAAGCGGAGACCCAACAAAAAGGACCGUUUUGCUGCGUGGGUUGA